UGGCGCUGCUUCUGCCGUUAGGGUUUACCGGGUGUUAGCGGCCAUCGUGAGUUCCCUUCGGGAACGGACACGAUAAUUUACUUUUUUUCUUUUCCCGAAGGGAACUCACGACGGCCGCUAACACCCGGUAAACCCUAGCAGCAGAUGCUGCUCUCUUUGGCGCGUUUAAAAGCAAGACCUCACGUUCUAUUUACAUCAAUUAUUCGUCAAGCAACUCAAGGACAGAUUCGAGUUAUUGAAACUGAAGAAGACAGUAGAUAUGACUUCUAAGAUGACUAAGAAGCAGCUGGAGGAGGCUUUGAAGAAAUUUCAUUUCGGGCCUGGUCCAUAUGAGGGUGGUGCGUCGCUUACUCCCUCAGAGUGGACGUCGCCGAGCCCUGCAACGCCCGAUGUUCAAUUUCUCUGCAACUUUGUCCGCUCUUUGGUUGAGGAUACCUAUAACCAUGGCAAACCUUUCGGCGAGUUUACUGCAACGAGUUUCAUCGGUCGUCCGGUGAAGAACGGUCAUAUCAUACGUUCAAAGGUGCGGAUUAACACUCUUGCUGAAAUACGUUUGCUUAUCAAGAAAGUCCCGGCUGAAGGGAUGCCGUUCAACGUAGUGUGUGAGGCAUUCUGUGAUGGUAGCCUGCAAGAUGGUCCUGAGACGACACAUGAUGAAUCUGAUUUGUAGUAACGAACAUAAUGUAUACAUGUACGUCUUUACCUCUGAUCAAGGCACAACAUGGUCACAAUAUGCUCGCUUUUGUUAUCGUACACCAAACCUGACUGAGGCAAGCAUCAUAUUACACCAACAAUUCAUAAUGAUUUCCUUUUCCUUACUUCUACAGCAUAUCUGUUGUCUCAAGCCAUUUUACAUCAGAAACCCUCGUAUGGCACUUCCCUACUGUUUACACAAUGCCUGUGAUGAUACAUCUGAUCAUAUUAGCUGUGCUAAACUCACGACCCAGCAGGUGUUGCCUACCCUACACCUUGCCAUGCAUUCCUCCAAUGCUCACUGAUUGUUUAAGACAUGUCAUGUUUUCACUGGUCUAUCAGAAUUGUCUUUCAUCUUUA